UUUAUAUAAUAAAAAUGGCGGCGACCAUUGAAGGAGCGUGGUGAAAGUUUCUUUGCAAAAUUACUAAUUUUGUCGUAGAUAUUUACCUUUCAACUAAUUAGGAUUGAAGAGAGUAAUGUCGCGUUUGUUGUUUCAACAAUCGCGACGUCUAUGGUGCGCGUCGCCGAUAACAUCUAGAGGAGGCGUGGUUACGGUCAGUGGCCAAGUUUUGGUAUUCCAACCAAGUCACCUGGUACCGUUUUCCACACGUAGUUGUAAACUGACAAAAAAGGAAGCUCCUCAAAAUACAAAGAUCCCAAAAUCCUCAGCAUCGAUCAACUCGUAUUAUGAGAAUCCAUUGCGAAUGAUCAAAGAUAUGAGAAACAUUGAUGGACCUUCGGUGGAUAAAAAUAAAGACAUUCUAGUAUAUGAUGCUCGGCGUGAUAUAUCAAAAUACAUCUGGAUAGCAUCCGGAGUGUUUUAUUCAGUCGCAGCCAUAGCAACAGCUGUCCUACCGUACAACAUUAAUAUGUUACUAUCCCCUGAAAUUAUAGAUUUAUCUUUGAAUCUAAACAAUAAUUUAUUGGUUACUGUCUUCGUCAAUCUAUUCCUGAUAUUCCAGCCUGUUAUACUAAGGUUUCUCACCAAGAGACAUGUAUUUCAUAUAUACUACAACGAACAGAAGAAUAUGUUUACAAUUCAUGCACAGUCGCCAUUUUUAACUACAAGGAAAGUGACUGUGAAACCUGGCGCAAUACAAAUAGCAAAUGAAGUGACAAGAAACGUAGUCACCAAGGCUAUAACAUCAUUUUACGUUAAUAGGAAGCCCUAUCAGAUUUAUGUGGAAUAUUUUAAGAUUCCCUAUUAUUAUAAUCUCCUGUAUGGGUAUGAACAACAGAGAGAGUUAUAA